AUGAAAGAAGUAGUGCAUUAUCUAAAUUCAUUAGCUACAACAAUCAAUUCUGAAUUAAAUGCACCUAUACCUGCUCAACAUCUGUGCCAAAAACAUUUAGAAGAACUCAAUGAUGACUUGCAAGAUUAUGUAGAACUAAUAAAUAAAUUACAGUGUCAUACACAUUGCAGUUCCUCCUAUUGCUUGCGAACUAAUAAGCAGACUGGCAAACAAUUCUGUAGAUUCAGAUUUCUCAAAGAGUUAAAAGAUGAAACUGUACUGCAUAAUGAAAAUGGUUACAUAGAAUUAAUCACAGCAAGAAAUGAUCCUCUAAUUAAUUCACAUGACUGUCUUCAGCUACAAGAAUGGCAAGCAAAUGUUGACCUAAAGCCUAUCCUAUCAACUUAUGCUGCUUUAUAUUAUGGAACAACAGAUAUAUUGAUAAUGCAGAAGUAUUGGAACAGACCUAAUGAACUUCAAGAGCUUUCACUCUUUAAACUAUACUUACAAUAUAAGUUAGUUAGAGGAAAGUGGAUAAAAUGCAACAAGAAAAUAUUAUUUAUGUUUGGCCUUGUCCUUCAUCAGUUUCAAAUGGACCACAAGAUAAAUGCAGAUCUCAUUGAUUUAAUUGGAUCUUCAAUGGAAAAUAUUGUAGUUAAUAAUAACAAUUCCAAUGAGCAAGAUCAGGAUAAUACACAGGAAGGAUCUAAUGUAAAUUAUUAUUGGGUUGGUGAAAGUCAGCUGCAAUAUCCAGAACUUGAUGUUGAGAACUUUAUUCAACAAGCAAUCCAUGAUAAUGUUAUAGCAAAAAAUAAUAAUAUAAAUGAUAAUAUUCUACUUUUGCUGGCUUCAACUGGUGUCACUGCUUUUAAUAUCCAAGGAAGUACAAUCCAUUCAGCACUUUUUAUUUUAAUAACGGGUACAAAUUAUGAUCUUGAAAGUAACAGAUUAAAGACACUUCAAAAUAAGCUACAAAAAAUACAAUAUAUUAUUAUCGAUGAAAUGAGGCUUGUGAAUGGUGCAAUAGGAACAAUAGAAGAUAUUUUAUUCAAAUACAAAGUUGGACCUACCUCCUUACCCACAGCUGUUCUUGUUGCAUUUGAUGAAUAUCAUGAAGGUAAGUUUGGUAUAUGCUCUUGCCUCCAGAUUCUACUUUCGUUUGCAUGGGUUAUUACAACACACAAAUUACAAGGGUUAACUUUACCGAAAGCUGUCAUUGAUAUUGGCAAAAAGGAAUUCACUGCUGGGCUAUCUUUUGUAGCUAUAUCAUGCAUCUGUUCACUUCAAGACAUACUUUUAAGUCCAUUUACUUUUGAAAAGCUUCUAUAUAUAAAAAAUUGUAAAAGAAUGCAAGAAUGUUUAGCUAAAGAGAGUAGAUUAAUGGAGUUUGAAAUUACUAAACAAAGAGCUAUCUAA